AUGCCUCCACCAUCUGCAAACCAGCAGAAAGUCCUCAUCGCCCAGUUCGUAUCUCUGACUGGCCAAACAGAGCGACAAGCCACCCGAUACCUCAAGAAUGCUGGUUUUAAGCUUAACGAAGCAGUCGAUGCUAUCUGUAUCGAGCAUCCUCCGGCCGUUGUUUACAAGUGUAUCCCGUCACGGUGGCCUGGCCCACUAUUGCCCGGAUACACUGCAGAGUAUGACCGACAAAGACGCCGAACAUUGCGACAAGGUUACUGGGGCAUCUUGGAAGGCAUGUUGUGCCUAUGCCUAUAUCGAAUCUGCGACUGCUAUCAUGGGGGCCACAUGGAGCCUAGCAUCCAUGACCGGAUUUGUACAAAUUCCUUGUCUCCUGUUCUCCGCUUCAAAAUGGGAUGGAAGGGUGUGAAGAACCGUAUUGCGACCCGGGUCCCCAUCUGGUCUGCAUCAAAAAAGGCCAACACUGAUGAACCUGCAUCCUUCUACCCAGAGCCACCUGCGAAACCACCCAAGAAUUCAACUUCUCGUUCCUUCUUUAUAUCUCGUCCGUUAUGCAUCAGCAUUGCUAACGUAAUUCGAAUAGAUACUUUGCCUCCAACGGGGAUAGCAAAGGACCAUCACCAUUGGAGACGAAGCUCGAUGCGUUGUUUGGCCAAUUGCAAGGUACAAGAUACCAAUGAUGAAAAGGACAAAUUGGAACUCGAAUCUACAAUGUCCUAUCUCACCGAUAAGCUGAAAGUCAGUAUUGAAAACGCUGAGUUGCUUGUUGCCCUUGAACUUCUUCAGGCUCCCGCGGUUGGAAUAAUCACCAGAAGAGGCUACGUUGAUGGCUGGAAAGUGAAUAGAGCUGGGGCAACACACCAGGAGCAUGCUGCCCACCUUCGGAAACUAAUCAAGUCUCUUUCUUCCGAUCAAGCACUUUUCAAGAAGGUUUACAGGCAUGCCUUCGUUGCUGGUCGAGAGACCGAUCAGAAAGCCCUUAGCCUCGAAAACGCUUUCGUGUACUGGGAGAUUCUGUUCACACCUCCAGGCAUGGAAUGGAAGACUUCGAACCACGACUGGCUUCAGCUAUGGAAGGAUUUUCUCAAAGCCAAAUGGACCCGUUCAGUCAACAAGGACAUGUGGAACAUGACUCUUGAAUUUGCUCUCAAAUCAAUGUCUGAUGAGUCGCUAUCAUUCUGGAACGAGGAUGGCGCCUGGCCCAGUGUCAUUGACGACUUCGUGGAAUGGUGUCGCGAGAAGGGCAUCGCUAAGGCCGAUGGCAUGGAUGUCGACCAAUAG